AUGCUAUCCUGGAAGACCCUCUCUCUGCUUGUUGCGGCCGCUGUGGCCAUGAACGGCGUCGCUGCCAUCGAGCAGGGCUACGGCGGCGGCGUGAACCUGCCGGCGUCCACCACCGCAACUCCCUCGGACGAGUCCCCCGUGCAGUCGACGCCCACCGGUUCGUCGGUGGACGCCUCGUCGGCCGUCGACCAGAGCAGCACCGACACGUCGUACCCGAGCAAGACCGACACGGCUCUGCCCAGCGGCAGCGGCAGUGGCAGCAACCCGUCCACUGGUAGCGCCGUGGCAGGCUCGUCGGCCAUCGACCAGGGCAGCGACGCCAGCACUCCCAGCCAAACCGACAUCACCGCCAGCAGUGCCGGAAGUGCCGUGGAAGGCUCAUCGGCCAUCGACCAAGGCAGCAACGCGACGCCCGACACCGCGUCGACUUCGGCGUCGGGCUCGGCUCCGUGUGACGACUCGUUCUCGCUUGCCGGCAGCUCCGCGACCGGCAGCGACGUGGCCGGCUCGUCGGCUCUGGACGAGAGCAGUGCUUCAGGCUCGGAGCCGUGCGAGGGAUCUCUGUCGCUUGCGGGCAGCUCCGACUCGAGCGCGAGCCAGCCGACGCAGGGCUCCGCCACCCAGGACCAGGGCACGAGGCCGGCAGCGAGGCAACCACGCCAACGCAGGGCUCUACCGGGCAGCGAUGCCGCUACCCCAAGCACGAACGAGACCGGCAGCGAGGCUUCUACGCCGACGAGCGAGGCCGGGAGUGACGCCACGAGCCCGACUCAGACGGGUGCGUCGGCCGCCACGGAGAGCAGCGGAUCGGCGACGUUCCCGAGCACGGGCACGAGCUGCAAGCGCCGUCUGCGCCGUCACUAG